CCGUUGGAGGUGAGGGUGGAGAUGCAGGGUUGCUUGAGGAGGAGACGGAGGCGGAGAGGGCUGUUGUUUUUUUCUUAGGAAGGAGACCUGAGUAUGUUCCUAAGUAAGAGAGAGUGGAGAAGGAGGGAGAGAUGGGAGGAUCAGGGCAAGCAAGGGGAAUCGCGGAUCAGGAACAAUGCUAGAAAGGUGGAUGGGGACCCAGUGUCCAGGUGUAGGGAUUAGGAGGGAGCAGGAGUGGCAGGUGAGUCUAGAGGUGACAGGUGGGCAGCUCCAGUUUUCCUUACGGAACUGAGGGACAAUGAUAUUGAUCAAGGUCUCUGAACCGAUAAGAAUGGAACCUGUGCUUCCGCCCACCCUGGUCUUCCCACAGACUUCUCAGGAACAUUAAAGUCAUAUCCCUUGAUGGGCCCAGGAACUCUGAGGGGCCUGGCGGCAUGCUGUGCCCUUGGGGGAAGCAUAGUCCCGUUCCUCUUAGUACCGUGGGUACCUGCUAUAUGUUAGCUGUGAGUGUUGGGGUGGCAUGAGUCAUGGGUACUGCUUCCGUGGUGCCUUAUUUUCUCAGCCAGUGCCUCCUGUCUGCCCUUUGUCAAGUUCUGUGGCAGUGCUCACCAGCCUCACUUCAGCCAGGGACACUGUGGUUCCUGGCAGAGUACCAAGAAAGCACACAGCCUUCCUGCCCUGGGGUCAGCUUUGCCUAGCUGGUCGGGUGAGCUGAGUUCCCUUGCAGUUGGUGGUAGGCAGAGGCUGGUGUACCUUGGACAUGAGUGGAUCAGAUGCCUGCUCUCCCACACAGGUGGCCCGAGGCAGCCGGGAUGCCAGCUCUCCCCAGAAAUUCUACCUGCUGAGAAACAUGAUCAGCAAGUCCCCUCCUCUGUGCAUGUGCCCUGCAGGCUGGAAGCUCCUGGCCAUGCUGGUUCUGGUGCUGGUCGUCAUGGUGUGGUAUUCCAUCUCCCGAGAAGACAGGUAUAUUGAGCUUUUUUAUUUUCCCAUCCCAGAGAAGAAGGAGCUGCCAUGCCUGCAUGGUGAGGCAGAGAGGAAGGCCUCUAAGCUCUUUGGCAACCACUCACGAGAUCAGCCCAUCUUCCUGCAGCUUAAGGAUUAUUUCUGGGUCAAGACACCCUCUGCUUAUGAGCUGCCCUUCGGGACCAAGGGGAGUGAAGACCUGCUCCUCCGGGUUCUAGCCAUCACCAGCUACUCCAUUCCGGAGAGCAUCCAGAGCCUCAAGUGCCGCCGCUGCGUGGUGGUGGGCAACGGGCACCGGCUUCGCAACAGCUCGCUGGGAGAUGCCAUCAACAAAUACGACAUGGUCAUCAGAUUGAACAACGCCCCAGUGACUGGCUACGAAAGUGACGUUGGCUCCAAGACCACCAUGCGUCUCUUCUACCCCGAAUCCGCCCACUUCAACCCCAAAGUGGAGAACAACCCGGACACGCUCCUUGUGCUGGUGGCGUUCAAGGCGAUGGACUUCCACUGGAUCGAGACCAUCCUGAGUGAUAAGAAGCGGGUGCGAAAGGGCUUCUGGAAACAGCCUCCCCUCAUCUGGGACGUCAACCCCAAACAGAUUCGGAUUCUCAACCCCUUCUUCAUGGAGAUUGCAGCUGAAAAACUGCUGAGCCUGCCCAUGCAGCAGCCACGCAAGAUUAAGCAGAAGCCCACCACAGGCCUGUUGGCCAUCACCCUGGCCCUCCAUCUCUGCGACGUGGUGCACAUCGCUGGCUUUGGCUACCCAGAUGCCCACAACAGGAAGCAGACCAUUCACUACUAUGAGCAGAUCACACUCAAGUCCAUGGCGGGGUCAGGCCACAACGUCUCCCAAGAGGCCCUGGCCAUCAAACGGAUGCUGGAAAUCGGAGCAGUCAAGAACCUCACUUACUUCUGACUUGGGCAGGAGCUGUACCCAGCGGUCUGCCCACUCAGCUGCCUGAGCGACCCCCAGACAUGGCUGUGGGGGUGCCUGGUGCCAGCACGACCGGCUUGGACUCCCCCUCACCUAUGUGGGAAGGGGUCUCUGGACUGGCCAGGUCUGAGAUGAGGCCAUGUCCCUGGCUGCUCUCGUGGAGGCCAGAUCUAGUCAGAGUGGAGGCCUCCAGGUGCUGGGAGCUCAGCCAAGGAACGAGGCUUGUUGCUGUAGCAUCUCCUGUCUGCCAGUGCUGGGAGGUUAUUUAAUGGGCUAUUUAAUUAAGGGAAAGAAAGUGCUGUGGGCUGGUCCCAUGACAUCCAGAAAAGGGGGCAUAUACAGUGUUCUGACCACUUUUUAUAAAAACAGAGAAGCCCACUAAGGCCUAGACCCAGAGCAGGCCUCCCAAGAGGGUGGGUCAUCUGGAGUGGGUGGGUGCCCUUCAGAGAGAGGCUGCUCCUCCCAGCAGGCAUGGGAAGAGCAGUGGUAGGGGUACUCCAUGGAGAAGGGAACCUCAUCUAGGAAAAAAGAGGUUCCAAACAUAUUAAACUAUUUUUCCUAAAACAAAA